UUUCAGGACUCAGUAUUGUAUUAUUGUUAUUACUAUUAAAUUCUCAUCCUGAGUGCUUUCAACGAACAUUACUAUACAAACUAAAACUAUUAUUGACAUUUUAAAAAAAAGUUAAUAUUACAUUAUCUCACACAAACAAACGGAAAGAUGGAUGAACCUUGUGAGAAUGUUUUAUCAGAAUUGAACUUGAAGGCCACCUUGGCCCAGCUGGACAUUACCCCACAGCUUAUGGAGUAUUACUUGAGCCUAAGAAGAACAUUGACCCAGCACAGAGACGAGGGUGUUAUUAUUUGGUGUGAUCCGAGGGACCCUGUCAUGGUAGCUAGACUUGCUGAAACUCACUGGAAACCUUCAAUAAUGCUGAAAUUACCAGACUCUGUGGGUGAGGACCAUCUGGGUUUCACAAGCAAGCAGACGGCUCUUGAAGAUGAUGUGGCUGGUGACAAGAAUAUAAAAGAUGAAAGCCUUAAAAAAAUAUCCAGAGAUAAUGAGGCUUUUGUCUGUGGUGUUCAUGGAUGCAAUGCCAUGUUUUCUUCAAUAGCCAAUUAUGAAAGUCAUUAUUCUACAAAUCACAUCUUCCGCUGUUCUGCUUGCAAGAGAAUUUUUGUCUCAAAUUUUCUUUUAGAUGUGCACAUAGAAGAGAAUCAUGACUCUUACUUUAAGGCUUUGAGCUCCAGAAUACCCAUGUAUCGCUGUUUGGUUGAGAAUUGCACACAGAAAUUUCAAUGUGAUGCAGAUCGCCAAAGUCAUCUAGUUGAGCAACACAAAUUUCCUCACAAGUUUUCAUUUCACAAACCCAUCAAAUCAAAACCUCAGCAGCUGGAAUCUAAAGACCUGACAGAAGUGGAUCAUGAUAUUUUGGUGUCUUCUCCUACUGAAUCUUUGAUGCAAACAGAGGACAUCAGCAAACCUGAAGCAGAAAAGAACUUCAGUUCUACGACUGCUAAAAGCCAAAGGGUGCCAUCAGCAAUUUGUUUUGGUCGAGGAUCUAAGAGAGCUUUCAAAAACAGGUCCAAAAAACAUCAAGACUAUCAGUGGUAUCAUGCAGGGAAAAUGGAUGUUGAUACGACAGUCAACAUAGAGAAUAUUGAUUUUAAGGAUUUAAGUGACAGCAUUCCAAAUAUUGCGUGAUUACCACUUUUCCUACCAUAUGGCCUUUGAAUCGUUUUUAUCAGAGAUGGUAUUGGCAUUCUUACAUUCAUGUGAACAGUCCUCACACAUACAUUCUGCAUAGAUUAAUGAAAAUGAAAUUCUUUAUUCUGUACAUUUGUGUUAUGUAUCUAGGUUACUUUGUAUUGUAUUGGUUUAUUGAUAACACAACUCCUGGGUUGAAAAUAUUUACUGCUGCCUUAUAAAGACAUUAGCAUUGCAGUGUCAUUCUUUGCAUUGCCUUUGCUUUUUUUUUAUUCAUCUAAUCUUGACAAUGAAAAUAUUUUUGAGUUGAAUUUUUUAUUUGUUGUCGAAAUAUAAUCUCAUUUGCAAUAAUGUAAUUGGAUUAGUUCAAAAAUUAAAUUAAAAACUUUAUGGCUAC